CCGUCAAAAAUGACAUUAGGGGAAAAAUAUUUUUGCAAUUUCUAAUCGCGAAAAGUAGGCGUUUUUGUCGAUAAUUACAUCGUACAAGAUUUAUCUAUUAAUAUAUAGAUACUGCAUUUAUGUUAGUGUAAACAGUAUUAGAAUCUAAUUAAUCUGUCAAGAUGAUGAACCAAUACAUAAAAGAGUUAGAACAAGAUCCAUUUGAUCCAGAUGAGUUUGUAGAGAGGAUGGUGAGAAGGAGUAUGCAGGAAUCCCGGUUGAAGGAUGACCAAUUUGAUCCUGAAAUGAUACAUGAUAUUUUUACGCAAGCUAUACAAGAUUUGAAGGUGUUGCAAGAAAGACAGGAGAGGAAAUGUGCAAGGCUGGAGCAAUCCGUGCAAGAAGAAGAGAAACUGUAUGGUGCUAAACUGGCUGAAAUCAUGGACCAACAUACUCAUUGUGUAGGAGUGUUCAGAGCGUUAGACGAGCGCAUGUCUCGGUGCGGAGGGCGAGCGCUCGACGUUGGCGAGAAGUUGGGAGCCGCGCGAGCCCCACGAGCGAGGGCGGCGGCUGCCAGGGACCUGCUCUCUCAUCUGUCACACUUCUUGAGCCCUGGGCCCGUGCUUAUUGAUCUGUUUAACGAUCCAAGCAAGUUAAAUGAAGCAGCAGAUGUCAUACAAAAACUCCACACAAUUGCUCAAGAGUUGCCGCCUGACAAAUUUGAAGUUGCCAAGAAGAAAAUCGAAGCCAAGUACGAUGAGAUCGAGAGGAACCUCAUUGAAGAGUUUGUGAAAGCCCAGAAUCAGGGCAACAUGGCCAAGAUGAAGGAAAUUGCUAAUAUUAUGACCAACUUUAAAGGUUAUUCACAGUGUGUUGAUGCUUUUAUUGAGACUAGCCAAAUGAAUGCCUUGUUAGGCAAGGACAUAUUUGCAGCAGUACUCCCACUAUGCAAGAAGAACUACACGAUUAUAAGCAAUGUGUUCCCGAACCCCGACCAAGUGAUGAGCAAGUUUGUACUGAAUAUAUUCCAUCUGAAGCUACAGAAGUAUAUACAGACAAAGUUAGCUGAUAAGAACGAUGUGGAGAAGUACUUGAAGAAUUUGUAUGAAAUGUACACUAGCACACAGCGCGUAUGUGACGAGCUGGUGACUGCCGGCCUCGUCUCCGCGGAAGGCAACACCACGACGGGCGACCUGCGCCGCGACGCGCUCGUCAACGGCGCCAUGGCCGGCGCUAAUGACGGAUAUCCGGCCAUGGAGACUCGCAGACUUAAAGCUGUCAUGUCGAAUGCUCUUAAUUCUUACUAUACGGAGAAACAGCACGUUAAGAAGCAGAUACAGGGUGGCGGUUUUCAAGAUUUCCGUCGUGAUCUUCAAGCGGUGAUCGGUACCCGCGCGAACAUCAACAUAGCUCAGAUAGAGAACUAUGGCGGCGAGACGUUCCUUAGCGAACAGCUCGUGCAGAGGUUGAUCAACGAUGCUAAAACCUCCUUCACUAGGUGCAAGACUCUAUGUACUGCCAAUGAGCUGUCAGGAACUACGGUGGCGCUUCUAGAGGUGGUGAUCCAACAUUUACUUGUAGAGCACGUAGACUAUGCACUCGACUUGGGCCUGCAGUCCAUACCGAUUGUUGAGAGCAAGGCACCGCCCCAGAUAUAUUUCUUCGACAUCGUGAAGCAAGCCAACAAGAUUGUCAGAAUGUUUGAAGAACACUUCCAGGAAUCUGUUGUGAAUUGUAUGGCUUCAACAACAAAACAAAACGAAUGCAUGCAAAGGAAGACAGCUAUAAUGGAGCAGCUUGAAAACAAGCUGGAUGCUGGGCUAGAGAGAGCUAUCGUAGCCAUUGUGAGCUGGGUCAAGCUGCAUCUACAAAAUGAGCAGAAGAAGACUGACUUCAAGCCUGAAGGAGAUAUUGAUACGCUUGCUUCUUCUGCAUGUCUAGCAGUGGUGUCGUACCUAAACAACGUGAUGGAGAAGAUUCACGGCGGCCUCGAGGGGGACAACCUGCACGCAGUCACGUUGGAACUGGCCGUCAGACUCCACAGGGUCAUAUACGAACAUCUGCAUAACUACCAGUUUAAUUCUGCCGGUGCUAUGAUAGCAAUAUGCGACGUGAAGGAGUACCGCAGUGCUGUGUGCGGUCGCGGAGCCCGCGCGGCUCCGGCGCCGGCGCAUGCCUUGUUCGACGCGCUCCAUGCCUUAUGUAAUCUGCUGCUGGUCAAGCCUGAAAACCUUCAUCAAGUCUGCGAGGGUGAAACGCUGGCGGAACUCGAUCAUUCCAUACUACACAACUUCAUUCAACUGCGAGCAGACUACAAGAGCCACAAGUUAUCCAGCUUCCUCAAAGGACUUUCGUAAUUCUAGACAACGAUUUUUAACCAAAUCCUGACGAUUUUAUAAAAGUUUGUCGGAUUUAGGCUUUGUUUACACUGUUGACUGAGUUAGAAGCUUGUUAGAUCGCAAUAUAUAGAGGUUUUAAUCAAGAGAUUUUUAACUGUAAGACAAUCGCUAACUUAAGUAUUUAUAUUUGUAUUACAUAUCUAAGUGAUAUAUUGUUGCUUUGUAUAUUAGUAAGAGAACAUUAUAAGUUUUUAAAGUAUUAAAUAUUGUAUACAUUGUAACGUU